CGGGGGAGAAUGUUAACCAGCACCCAACAAAAACAGCUCUGUGAAAAUCACACAGUGGCAGCCAGUGAGUGCUGACAGGGAUCAAUUUUCUGGAUCACUUGUCAUGCCCUUUGUGUGUCAGCGCACAUUUGUAGGUAGAAAACCCUGGAAGAUGAAAGAAUGUAACAAUAAAGGGAGCAAGAGGAUAAACCCACUGGAUGGAGAGAGAUGUAGAAUGAUCGCUGUCCAGAAACAACAGGAACGCACAACGUCCAGGCCACAGGUGCACAGCAAAAAGGGGAGAACAGUAUAUGGAGCACAGGAUACCUUUUUGGGUUCCUACAUAUUCACAGAUUGGGUAUGGGGUCCCACCACUUUCCAGCACGUACGGUGCUCUUCGAGAGGGAGAGGAAUGGAGUGACGUACCGCGUACCAGCUCUGCUCUACAUUCCAAGAUGGGCUACACUGUUGGCAUUUGCUGAGGAGAGACUGAGUGCAGACGAUGCCCAUGCCAACCUACUAGUUUUAAGACGUGGGAUUUUCUACCAUAACUAUGUGGAGUGGGAGGAUAUGCGCGCAGUGGAGACAGCCGUUCUCCCAGGCCAUCGUUCUAUGAACCCAUGUCCAAUAUACGACGAGUUCACAGGACAGCUUUUCCUCUUCUUCAUUGCUGUCUUUGGCAAAACUACUGAAUCGUACCAGAUUAUCACUGGGCGCAAUAUGGCUCGGCUGUGCUAUGUUACAAGCUCCGAUCAGGGAAGAAACUGGAGUAAUGUCACUGACCUCACCUUACAGGUCAUUGGGGAGUCAAUAAAAGAGUGGGCGACAUUUGCCUUGGGACCUGGUCAUGGUAUUCAGCUUAAGUCCGGCCGUCUCCUCGUUCCUGCUUACACCUAUUAUAUUGACUGCAGAGAAUGCUUUGGAAAGCUCUGUCGUACCACCUCCCGGGCAUUUGCCUUCCACAGUGAUGACCAUGGCCAGAAAUGGAAGCUGGGUGAGCUCAUCCCAAAUCUCCCAUCGGUGGAGUGCCAGCUGGUGUCUGUAGAUGAGGAAGAUGGUAAUAACGUCUUAUACUGCAAUGCCAGGAGCUCCCUGGGAUUUCGAGUCCAAGCUAUGAGUUCUGACGAAGGAAUUGUGUUCCAACCUGGGCAGCUGGUUGAGAAGUUGGUAGAGACACCCAAUGGUUGCCAUGGAAGUGUUAUUGGUUUUCCAGCUCCUCUGGGAUUCUACACAAGACUUUACACCAAAAUAAACGUACCAAGAGAUCUUAAUAAUUACAAGGAGUUAGCUAAUGUGUUAAAAAAGCAAAAGAAAAUGUAUUAUAUUGAGCAGCUCAAAAAGUAUAGUGAUUAUUCACAUCAACACCAGUCAAGAAUAGACAGCGGUCUCUACAACAAGCAUCGAGGUGAAAUAUUGAGCAGGAAGGAGGUUUGUAAUAGUAGUGAUCAGCUUCCAAGUACUCCUGAAUCAUCCACCUCUGUGAUGUUAGAUGGCAUCCAAAUUCAGACAAAAAGCCUUUAUAGGACUAACCAGCAAUUCCAGACUCCCACCUGGGUGCUAUAUUCCCAUCCCACAAGUGCUCUGUCACGUGUGAAUUUGGGAGUAUACCUCAGUCCAUACCCUAGGGAUGCUGACAGCUGGACAGGCCCUUGGGUAAUCUACGAGGGACCCAGUGCCUACUCAGAUCUGGCAUAUAUGGAAUUACCUUCUAAAGGAAUCGGGGCAGAUGCUUCUCCACCAGUUAUUGCUUUUGCAUGUCUCUAUGAAAAUGGCCUUGUGUCCCCUUAUGAACAAAUAUCAUUCAGCAUCUUCACCCUUUACGAGGUAAUCCAGAGCCUACCUCCAAAUCAACCUGUUUCCCAUCAGGGCCAGAAGAAACAAAAGAUGAAAUGGGACUGUGUCGCUUCCUAAAUGCUUGACCUAUUUCUGUAAUAGUUCUACUGGGGGGUAA